CACUGCUAGUAAUUACGGUAACCACUUUCAAUUUAAACGUUGCUAGUACGACGAUAGUGUCGAUGGUAAAAGAGUUCUACAUGAGGGUGCCAGAAACCGAUGAGCUGAAUGCGUGCCACAAGCGCGUCAAUGCUUCCACGAACAAUGGAGGAAGCUUGGAAUGGUCCGGUGACGUCCAGUUUUUAUUCUUGACGUCUCCCUACUUGGGCUACGUAGUGGUGCAGACUCUGGGAGGGUACGCGACGCAAAGGUUUGGCACGAAGAAAGUGAUCGGUUGCAGCUUGUUGACUAUUUCCGCGUGCAAUUUGGUGUUACCGAUCGGAUGUAAGGUUCAUUACAGUUUCGCAAUAGUUCUUCAAUUUGUUCAAGGAUUUGCGCAGGGAGGUAUCUGGCCGGGACUGUUCGGUAUCAUCCCGUAUUGGAUUCCUUUGCGAGAGAGAAGUCGGUUUGGGUCGUGUUUCCAGGGAAGCGCGAUAGGCGCCAUGUCGGCGCAAUUCAUAGCUCGACUUGCUACACCCUCCAUCGGAUGGGAAUAUAUUUUUGUUGUGGCCGCGUUCGUUGGGCUAAUAAUGAGUCUGGGCUGGUUUCUGUUGGCUUGCAACGAACCAGAGCUCCAUCCGCGGAUUACCUUGGAUGAACUGGAUUACAUCAAGAAACACCAGCAGGUGUUGCCUCCGUACAGAGAUAAAAUACCGUGGGGUUCUAUGGUUGGAUCUCUACCACUAUGGGCAAUACUGUUUUCUGCUUUUGGCAGAGCGUGGUUUGGCAACACAAUUGGCAUAAGCGGGCCGUUGUAUUUAAAAGCAGAAAUUGGUUUGGAUGAUGGCUCCAUCGGAGAUUUCUCUGGCGCAAUUCACUUUGCAAGUUUUCUUACGGGAUUAAUUUUCGCUUAUAUUGCCGAUAGAUUGCUAAUAGAGGACGUUGUCGGCGUACUUGCAAAUCGUAGACUUCUUCUAGGAAUAGGUCAAAUACCAUCAGCAGUACUCAUGAUAUCAAUGGGUUAUGUGUAUUGCAACGUUCCCAUUCUUUUGUGCUUUUGGGCACUUGUGCACGUAGACCUAUCAGCGUGUGCACCGAGCGCGAUGGUCAACGUUGUUGACGUGGCACCAAAUUUCGCCGGACCCGCGAUUAGCUUAAUCCUAAUGAUUGCAGUCACACCCAACGUAUUUGUUUUACUGGUGACAAACUCGUUAUUACAAAAUAUGAAUGCUUUGGACGCAUGGAAGUACACCCUUAGCAUUGCAGGCGGUAUAAGCUUAGUGUCGUGCGUACUGAAUAUAGUUUUCGUCUCAACUAAGGUAGGAAAAGUUGCAAAAUGUGAAAUAGUUACGAUAGUGCAUAGGUUCAAAAAUGGAACUACGCCGAAAUUAACAAGGAUGACUACAGUCUGAACGAAAAAACAAAGUUAAUCAAUCGAUAAAAUAGGCAACAAUAAACGAUUUGUGGCUGCAGACAUUACCAACAAUAAUAAAUGCUCGAAAGGGGCAAAUAAAAGGAAUGUCCGUUGAAAUAUAAUCGUCAAAAAACAUUUUGGACUAUUGGUUUAUUUGGAAAAGCAUGUUUCCUACACUACAACCUAUACGUUACAUACAAUGUAUCUCAGUACACAAGUUUGGAUGUUUUGUGUGUAAAUGAACUCUGGCUUGCCCAUGAUGAUCAAAUAAUAACCUGUCAGUUUGAAAAUUAUGUAGUUGGCAGUCAUUUUAAUCGAAAAUAUUUUCAAAGAGGUGGGGCAAUGAUCCAAAUUAAGCCUAGCCUCAGUUUUUUCACUUUACAGUUUGUCACUGAUUUAAGUAUAGAAAAAGAUUUCGAAUGUUGUGGUCUUCAACUGUUAUCCAAUUUUAAAUGUGUAAUGUCAAUUUAUCGUGAAU